AAGAAGACGAAGGGACGAGCUUCCUGUCGCCGGGUCAGUUUAGUGUUGUUGGAGAAUAAAAGAGUCAAACUGUAACCUACGUCCUCGGUGACAGGCAGGACCCAAAGCGUUUGAUUCAGUCCAGGAACACGACAGUAAAACAGCGCGGAGCAACUCGUUAAACUCGGUUCACGCAAGAAAUUGGUUUUCCAGGUUGCCUCUGAAGACACUGCGAUGGCCAAGGUUCAAGUGUUAAAUGUCGCUGUUCUGGAUAACCCGAGCCCGUUUGGAAACCCGUUUCAGUUUGAAAUAACUUUUGAAUGCAUGGAGGACUUGCCUGAAGAUCUGGAAUGGAAGAUCAUCUACGUGGGUUCAGCUGAGAGCGAGGAAUACGACCAAGUUCUAGACUCCGUUUUAGUUGGCCCGGUACCAGCUGGCAGGCACAUGUUUGUGUUUCAGGCCGAUGCUCCUAACACAGGACUCAUUCCAGAGAGUGACGCUGUUGGGGUGACCGUUGUCCUUAUAACCUGCACCUACCGUGGACAGGAGUUCAUCCGCAUCGGUUACUACGUCAACAAUGAAUACACAGACCCCGAAUUACGGGAAAACCCACCUCUCAAACCAGACUACACUCAGCUCCAGAGGAAUAUUUUGGCCUCCAACCCCCGUGUCACCCGCUUCCAUAUCAACUGGGAGGGCUUAGCAGACAAGAUGGAAGACAGUGAGAAUGUCGACCCAUCCAGCAACAUCAGUGGCAUGCUCCCUCCGUCCUGUAUACCAGAAAAGAUGCCACCUCUUGGACUGAUUGCAGACAACUCCAUGGACUUCAUGUAAGCGCCAUCAGAUUAAUAUAAAACGACCAGCAGCUCUUCUUAUCUAAAUACUCACCCACAUAGCAAAAACACAUUUGGACAAGGAGACCAUGGAUGUAUAUAACAGGAAGCACGGACAGGGCAGUGGGGACUUUAUUUUUAUACAACCAACAAAAAUGGGACGGGUCUGGAACUAUUACCAACUUUCCUCUUACUCUUUCUUUCAACACACUUGUAGAUCAGCACAGCCAGAAUUGCCUUAAUUUAUCAUAUCUCUGUUUUAAAUCAUGUUCAAGCUGAGCUAGAGAGAGUUCGAGUCACCGAGGUGGGACAGGAUCACCAUAUCCCUCAGCCCUGAGACUUAGAAGUCAUACUCAUGCACUGAUUUCGGUAGCCAUGUUGUGAUGUUCAUUUUGUCCUCUUCAGCACUGAUCAAAGCCUUGGGCAGUGCUCUGUAUGUCAGAAUACAGGUAGCAGUAGCCUCUUAUUGUAAAGCAUUUCAUUGUUCUUUGUCUCAUCUGAUGCCUACCUGUGGAUGCAGAUCUUGAGUUGAAAAUAUGGGCAAUGUUCAGGAUGCUGUUGCAAGAAGUAGCUGUAUUCACUGUUACGGUGACCGCUUAUUCAGAGCACAACCAUGCAGUCACAAGUUUAGCCCCUGUGGUUAUCCAAAUUACUUAGUAAACCGGCUUCUUUGAACAUUCCCCAAUUCAGAAACUCUGAUGUGUUCCAUAAAAUGCCUGUCUAAGUGUGCAUGAAACAUGUAGGUAAAGGAGAAAUAGAUGCCAUAUUGCAGUCAUGUUGUGUGGAUGAUUUACUGUAAAUAAUGUUUUCCCAGCGCUUAUUUCGUCCUCAACAGGAGAGGGCAAAUUUUCAUUUUGUACUUACUAUAUAUUCUCUGCCUCAGUAUUUGUACCAACAGUGAUGGGGUCAAUAAAGUUUGUUUUGUUGA